AUGGCCGACCAGGAACCCGAUUAUCAUUUCAUUGGCACCUACACCCGCUAUUCUAGCUGGACUGCGCGGGUUGAAGCUGUCCUGGAAUACUUCCAUAUUCCGCACACCAGCCAAUUCGUGAAACUUUCCCAUGUGAAAAUUGUCUCUCCAACCGGAUUUGUCCCCCUGUUAGAAUGCCGUUCCCUCGGCUCUACUACAAUCGGUGACUCGCUGGCGAUUUGCGAAUUUCUCGCUGAAUCUCAUCCUGAGCUGGACCUUUGGCCUCGAGACCGUCAGCUUAGAGCCUUGGCCCGUAGCGCCGCCGCACAGAUGCAUUCUGGCUUCCCCGCGCUGCGAAGCUCGUUCCCCGCAAACUUCCUCGCCCGGUAUUCGGGUAAUAUCCCAAUUCCCGAGGAGGCGCAAAAAGAUGUCGAGCGUAUCUUGACCAUCUGGGAUGAGACCCGGAAAUGUACCCAGGAACGGCUUGCGACGCUGGGAGAGGUCGACGAAGGGUUCCUGUUUGGUGGGUUUAGCAUCGCCGAUGCGUUUUUCUGGCCGAUACUCUGGCGAUUCCGAACGUACAACAUCCCCCUUGAGACUGCGAGCCAAGAUGCUCUGGCCUGGAUGGCAAAAAUGUGGAAUGAUCCGGUGUUCCAGGCGUUGGGGGAGAGGUACUAUCAGCAAGCUAAGGACCCGGAGACUCGUGUUGCGCAUUACGAUGAUAUCUUCCGCAAUAGGAGCGACGUGCAGUAUAGCCAGUUCCCCGAGGACUGGCGGUUUUCUGUGUCUGGAAAGUGA